CUAUUCUUGUAUUUCCUUGGAAGCCAAUCCUUCAAAGCAUUGGUGAUUACUGAUUGGUGUUGUCAUGAAAGCAUACUUGGUUAUGGGAUUGACCAAGGUAGUAUAUAUUGCUAUUUUUGAGCUUAUGUUGUUCUGUGGCAGGUUUAAUGUUACCUAUGAUUCAACCUUGGAACCAAACAUUAGAUAGCUAAUUAUGCCCAUAGAGCCAAACUUAACCUAACAUUGUUUAAGUAGCAAGGUUCAUUGCAAGGUGCUCACAAACUGAAUAUUUAUGUUGAAGCUGAUACAUUUUUUUUGUUUUUGUUUUAGUUGGCCUUUUAGUAUUAGAAUCUCGGCUGAGAGGGGUGAAACUGAAACCAAUUUCUAAGCUCCCAACCAUGGAGGAAAGUGGGGGACAGAUUUGGGCUUUGGAGCAUAUGUCAUUGCACCAUAGUGUCAAAUUUAGCUAUGGAACUACAUUUCCUCGGUUUUUACAUUGGCCUCAUCUUACCUUAGGGAGGAAGAAACUCUCCACAAUGUUUGAAAACACUUCGAUAUGUCAACAAAUAGCUGCAUCAAAUGAAGAUCUUGAACAUGAAAUUGUGAAGGAAGCCAUGCAAAUGGCACCUCGUGGUUUUCUCCAGUGGCAUCAGCCUGUUUGCCAAUCAAGAUAUGCCGCACAUGAUAUUGAUGUUUUAGAUGCAAAGGUUAAGGAUCUACAAGAGAAGAUAUUCAUCCUUGAGGAAGAAUUGAGAAUGAUAGAUCUGAAUCUACCAACAUCACCUCAGUUUAUUGAUCCAACCACUAUUACUUGUUCUUUGGGUGAAGAAACCAUAUUGUUUGAAAAUAUGAACGGUGGAUCCCCAUCUGUCCCAUCUGUGCUUGACGUUUCCAUAUUUGAUGCAGGUGAAGGUCAUAAUAUACCCCAUGAUACCGAUCCACCUGAGCAACAACGAUCAAAUAUGUACACAAGGCGGAAAGACCAACCUAGGAAACGUGUGGGCAGCUUGGUCUGCCGGACGCCUUGGACAACAUAUCAAAGGAAAAAGAAGAAGAUUCAAUAG